UUCGAGUGUUUUGUGGGGGGGGGGGUUCUGCUGUCAUCGCUGGUAAAUGCAGCAUGAAAACUACUGACCAAGUCUUUCCCUCGUCUCCCGUGUUUCAGCCUUCACGUAUACCGUAUCGCGUAUGCUUAGAUACUCCGCCACGUUUUCCACACCGUCUAAGUAACACAUUCCUCUGCUUCAUUGCGAAUAGGUGUCUGUGGUGAAGACCGAUGAACGUAUACAUCACUGGUAAAGGCGGGUUCUUGUCUAGUUUCGAGAGUCCGGAGAAGAGCUCAACCAAAUGUUAAGAUCAUCAGAAGCUCAGAUCAUCAUCCAUCAUGCAUCAGGACAUCCGGUAGGCAACUUCUCUUUGCUUGAGCCGUAAAAUGGCGGACCACAAGGAGUACAACCAAAUUCUGUAUGGCAACUCCAUAGUGUGGAUCAUUGUGAUUUCCGCCAUCGCCUUUGAGAAUGUGAUCUGCCUUUUGGCCAUCUCGACGCGCAAGCGCUGGAAGAGUCCCGACGUGCUACUGUUCUCGCUCAUUCUGGCACACUUUCUGACCCUGGUGCUGCCCAUGUUACUGUACUCCGCCGUGUCAUCNAGCAAGGGAAAGUGGGAAGAGAGCGCCUGCAAGUUCCUGGUCUGGUGCUUCAUGAGCUUCAAGAUAGUCAACUCGCUCCAGAUCAGUUUCCUGUCCAUGGACCGGGUGUGGACGCUGAAGUGGCCCGGCUCCUACCGGGUGCACAACACAGCCAAGCAGAGCACGCGCACCGUGUCCUUCAUCUGGAUCUUCGGCCUGUCCAUCGGGUGCAUCCCCCUGCUGGGCUGGCCAGACGACCCUGCAGUGGCGCAAAACUGUAGCGUCAUCCUCAACAUUGGCGGCUACGGCUACGCACUGUGCAUCGUGGUCAUCAUCCUGGGCAGCUUCGUGGUCAGCUCGGCCUGCGUGACCACCAUCCUCCUCCACCUCGCCCUCCAGAAGCUGCCGGUGGAGGGCACGCCCAAGCCGGAAUUCAAACAGCCCAUCCCCGAGAUCGUCAUUGAGAGCGAAACAGGCGAAAGGACGUCGGCCGUCCAGGGGUCACGUGAGACGCAGAACCGACAAAUCUGCCUGCUGGUGUCAGCCAUGGUUGUUGUGGAAUUUUUCAUAAACGGCAUUCCAUUUGUUGUGAUUAAUUUGAUGGCCUUGACGAGCAACUCCCAACAAGCUUGGAUGCCGGCCACGGUUGUGUGGAGCGCCCUCGGGGUGACGUUAAUCAACCCGGUGCUGCUGUGCAUCGUCUGCCAGAGGUACCGCCGCAGCUACGUCAAGCUGGCCACCUGCCUCGGGGAGGCGUGUGGCUGCGCAGACAGCAGCGUCCGAGACACCACCACCGGAGGAAUUCAGCGGCAAGAGACUAUCGACUCGUUGGAUAACUUCUCUGACCCCGAGGACGAACUGGGCAAGUCGACAUCCAACUUUGGCGACCUGUCCUUUUCCAUUGACAUGGACGACGAGCAGGCCCUCGAGUACGGCAUCACAGCAUCCAUGGAGCGGGACAUCCGGAGCCUAGAGCAGGCCGGGAUUCUCGCCCAGGAGUCGCUGGACUUCGACAACGAGGCCUACAUCCAGGACGAGGGCGUCAAGAAGGCACUGUCCUCCAAGGAGAGGCGGGCCCUGUGGCUGGCCCAGAAGGCCUGCCGACGGAACAGCCCGGACACCCGCCGGCAAGGACAUGCCGAAGACGCCACCGCGCCCAAGGAGAGCUCCCAGUUCCUAUCAGUGGACAGAGCGGACAGCCUCAGGAACCACCAUCGGAAACUGGAGCGGAAUUUCAGACCCAGGGAUCCGGCCCACGGCGUUGUCUCGCAAAAAAUCAAACGAUCAAACAGCGAAGAUUCGGGGCAGACGGUACACACUGUGAAAGUCGACAUCGAAAAUGGUGGGUUAAAUGUUCGCAGAGUAGACGGGUUGAAAGGAGACCAUGCAAAAAAGAGCACGGAGAUGCCGCGCUACAGUAAAAAACAGAAAUCGGCUGAUCAGAAAGACACGAAUGAGGGGAGGGAAAAACAGUUAAGAAAUGGUGGACUUAUCGGGUCAAAGAGCUGCGACACCGCCAUUUCGACAGGCACUCGGAAGACUAAGAAGAAACGGCGCAGCUCCGUGCCACAGGAAAAGGAGAACAACGCCUACAACGUGAAGCUCUCGCCGAUCAAAGGUCAAGGCGAGGGUCACGGCCUGAGCAGAUCGAACCGUUUUGAUGUGGUCAGGGAAAGGAUGCUGUCCGAGAUGUCGAGCCUGCACGGCUCGGGAGAGCUGUACGACAUCCCAGAAGAGGAGGGGGAAGAGGUCCAAGAGACCAGUUUUACUCCCAGCCUGACCCAGCCGAGCGAGGAUGUCCCAGAGGAGCUGAUCCCGGACAAGCCCUUUGAACAAAGCACUCCCACGCCGAAUAAGACGGCCAGGGCUGGCAAGAAGCAAAAGAAGAAAUCCAAGGACAAGAGGUACUCGAGGAGGAGCCUCGAGAAGAGCAGCAGCAUCGAUGUGGAGAACGACCCCCUCAGCAAGGAGGAGGAGUGGUUGAAAAGGGCCAUCGAGAGGGAGGAGGCGUCUGGUCCGUUCGCCUUUGAGAACAUCUCCAGUGAAACAGACACCACGGACGGCGUCAACUCAGAGUACAGUGGUUACAUCACCUCCCGCAACAGCAGUGUGGUCUCUAAGAUGUCCACCUUCCCUUCCAUUGACGCCUCUUUGGAGUACGACAUGGAUAUGAUAGUCAUUGAACAGGUGCACCUAGAGGCAGCGCCCGCAGUGGUCGAAAAUGAUCAGGAAGAUGAGCAGACUGCGAACUCCGCUCGCAAAGUGGCCAAUAUAGCUGGCGACGAAAUUGCACGGGAUCCUGAGUCCCUUGACAGUAUCGGAGUGACCGUUCAGGGUGGCAUCGCGCAGGCCGACGAUGCUGCUCGAGUCCCUACGACCUCCGUGGAGCCGGGGCAAAGUUUGCAGUCAAUAUUGCCAGACUUUGACGACAGUAUCAAACGUAAGAAUGAUAAGGACGCAGUGAGCUUCAUCAAGACGGCUUUGACCAACCUUCCGAGUGGGGAGAGCGACCCCUGGGCGAACCAGUCGGGGCGGCCUCGGGCCAACUCCGCCGGUGCUGGGCGGACGUCAACCGCCAAGGACAUGCGGGAGAAGUACAGGAGGUCUCGGUCAGAGAGGAUAAUCCUAGAGCCUAUCACCAACUCAGACUCUUCGCAGGAGAUUUUAUACUUGUAACAUUCAGCCUUAACCGACAUCAUCAUCAUCAUCUCAGUCUCUACCAAAAAGUGAACAAACAUCAAUUCAGGCUUUUCUUAAUAUGACAAAAGUUUUUAAGAUUUCGUAUAUAAAUGCAGGUAUCUGAUUCCUAAUACCACUUUUUGUUCUUACUUUUUUUUUACAAGAAAAAUGUAGGAGUUUACCGUUUUAACCCUAAUAGAGCUGGGUUUUUUCAGGCCACUAGUUGUGGAAAUCCACUCUGGCUCCUUUUUGGAAUGAAGCUUCUUUCUUUCCGAACACAGAUUUAACUGAGGACAUUUUGAAGACCUCUCAAUACCCUCGGUAUUCAUUAAAUUGAAAAUACAAAAAAAAUAUUCGAACAAAUCACUGAUGCACAAGUCACCGAAUGGGAAAUGUACCUAACUAAUCCACCGAUAAGUCAGCAAGCGAUUUCCACAAAUCCUACCAACAAACUAACGUAGGCUUCUGUAUGAAAAUUGAUCUAGAAUCCUCAUUUUUAUCAUCAUCUGUGCUUGUAAUAAUUCAUUAUCCGCCUCGAGCAGUAGCACCCCGUCGUCAUUUAAAAAAGCCGCGUUGGUCAGGAGUUUUCGAUUUGUUAGGAGCGAUGCGACCAUAAAGCGUGCAUGUCAUAGUCUUUCGUGAAUCAACAUAGUUCAAUUGCGACUAAGGGAGUGGACUGGUCUCCGCCCCCUAUUACAUAGGUACCGGUAGCUACCUGGCGUCUGGGUCCGUGGUCUGUUCAGCUCUGCUCAUGCACGAUUGCCUUUUCUAUUUAUAGAGAUGAUGUGUACCUACAACCUUUUGUGCGUGUGACAGCCAAACACAUGGCUCUCAGGAAGACUUCAGAAACUUUUUCCCCUGGUCACUCCUAAAAAGCAGGUAAAUACGCCUGAAAGUUGUGUUGCAUACGGAAAUGACUCCGUAGAGAGAGUGUUAGUGCAUUCUAGAACGUCUUUCAAAAUUUUGUCAAGUGACAGUGUUGCAUUUGAGGGACGUUAUAUGCUAAUUUCCAUUUGCUCAUUUACAUAAAACCGGCAAGAUUCCUCCAGAAUUAUAACCCGCUACCGGUAGGACCUCUGUAAAGACGUCUGGAGACUACGUUUUGGACGGGAACCUGUCUACUAAAGGAGCGCCUGCAUUGCUUAGAAAAUAGCGUCCUCUCUUGAUCCAGCUCGGGCUCUCCGCUCCUUAAUGAUGGUCCGAACAAAAAAAGUGUCCAUUAAAAUUUAAAUAUAUAAGGACGGUAUUUAUGACUAACAGGGCUUUGAAGAGGAUACUCUUGUAUUUUUAGUCAGAUUACUGCCAAACACAAAAACAGAUUCCACCGUUUCAGUUUGAAUUCAACAAGAGAUGCUGGCUGCGCUGGGCACUGAAACAUGCUGAAGAGUUACCCUCGUUUACAGAAAGUGGCUCAAACUCAAUUUCGAGUUUUUGUGUUAAUCGCGCGGAAGCACAUCCCUGGAUCGCCGUAGGCAAACGAAAUACACUGAACGCAUCAUUGAAGCCAAAAGUGCCAUCUUUAAACCUUAUAAGCUACAAAAAGACCCCGUGUUAUGUUUUCGAAUGGACAGUAUUUGAUUAUCUCUGUCAGUUUCCUUGUUCUUUCUGAGGAUUUACGUCCCGUAUCUCCAUUUUUCCCCUUGUUCAGCCUCUCUCUCUGUCCACUCCGCACGUUUCUGACUUCUUGUAAGGAAUCUCCUUGUUCAUUUCCGUGCGCCUGAUGACACCUAACUUUUCCUCUGCAAGAGACGCCAUUGCCAGCUUGGUAUCGCACGUGCAAGCAUUUUCGCAAGUCACAAAAUCCCGGUCGAAAAGGGUUGUCGCUAGACCUUGCGUGCCUGCGUGUUGCGUGCCUGCGUGCCUGCGUGCCUGCGUGCCUGUGAAAUUUAGCUGGUACGCAUGCUUCCACGCGUAUAGGACAUGCAUGAGCACUUGUGUCACCGCAGCAGUGGUCGUCCGAUUAUCAGUUUUUGCGUAGGCUAUGUGUUCCUAAAGGCCACGUGUUCUGUUGUCUUCGGGUCAACUGCGUAUAUUAGAUCUGACAUUCUUGUCUGUACUUGUUAUUUUUUUCGUUUUGUGAUGACUGGCAAGUUGACGGUGGUCCCCGAUCUUCAUACCAAAAGGGAAGCCAGUGGGAGAAAUAUAAAUGAAAGCACUUAAUCCAUCAGGAACUUUAUCAGGUCUGUCAAAAACAAGAGCCUCUCAACCACCCACCCACAGAAAAGAAAUUCAUAGGCCCACAUGAACAGCGAUUCUUAGAAAAGUCAGCACCUGCCGUUAGCCGAGUCUUGCCUGCAAAUAUAUGGCUGCAUUUCAGAUACCUUCGUGAAAUUAUAUGCAAUAUUUUUAAAGUAUCUCGCGUCAUCAAGUAAAUGUCCGUGUAACUAGUAAAUUAGUAAUUAGUAAUUAAAUAAUUUUUAAUGAAAAGAAUUGUUAUGCUGUUGAGAAAUCCUGACCAGGAAUGUGAUAUAUACGGAUGGUUUUUGAAAGGUUUUCCUGUGUUUGGAGAUUUCAGACAGUAUUGAAGGGUGUCCCGACCCGACAAAGUUUUGGUUAGAUAUUUUAUGAACCAGUAAUAGCUGCAAAAGCACACUUGUUUGGUCCGGGCAAAUAGUGAUCAAGAAAGUGUGACUUUGUCUUCUCAAAUCUGAUUUGAAGAAGUAAAAUUCUAAACUUGCUCAACCGUCAGUGUUAUUCUACUCUGAGUGACAAGGGGGCGUUAUAUUGAACGGAAAUUAGUCAUUUUCUCGAUCCAAAUUAUAAAUCAACAAUAGCUGCUGAAUGUUAGCUCUGUACAAACAAGUCUUGAACUUUAGAAUAGUGCGCGGGAGUCAUUCUGGCGAUUUCUGUUGUACGUCGUCCCGAGGGACCCCACAACACUGUGAUGAGAGGAAAUCCCAAACGACAAACGCCUCUGUCUAUUUGUAGAGCACAAAGAAAAAUACAGCUUCAGUUCUUACAUUCCUUAAUCACGCCAGUUCAUGAAUUCACGGUUGUUUACCCUUCGCCGGGAGAAUUUCUUCGGUUCAAAAUGCACGCAGGUCCCCGACCUUCUAAGGUGCCGAUGCACUUAUACGUGUAUUUUAAAGCGCAAUUAAUUCCAGUCUGACGGAAGAGAAAACAGACGGAAAUGAAAGAUCCAGGGCUUCAAACACAAAAAAGAUUACAGAUCAAAAUACGUCUUGGAUAAAAACCCCAAAGGCGUGACUGUAUUCACCCGUGUACUUUUCAGUUUCACUCAUAGAUAAAUAUUUGUUAUUCUUUUGAGUUUCCGUCUUUUUUGUUGCGUGCAACGAUUUGAAAGACAUACUAUUUUAUGCUCUUUGUACAGUGAAACUACAAACUUGUUUUUUAUCCGUGUGACUUUUCUUGUACAUGUACUAUUCACGGUGAACUAUUCUAAUUUUUAUAUACAGGGUACAUAGUAACAUCUUGUGCAUGAAUUGCCUUGCUAUUGUGCCUCGAUAUGUUUUUUCGUGGCUAUCCUCUGUACAAACUGAAUUAUUAUUGUAUUUGACUGUUAAGAAGUCUGUGUAAUUGUAACGGCCGUCUUUGUUGUCGCCUGAGCAAGUCUGCUGAGGGCAUGUUCGACUGUUUCCCAGUCAAAACUGAUGACACGUUUCAAAUGAAUGUCUCAUUGAUUCCCUUUUUGCGGUUUCGACUUGGUAUAGGCCUAAGAGGAUAUCAAAAUUUCUCCGACGUACCUGUCCUAAUGCUUGCGAUUUUAAGGAGGUUACUGCUGACUUUAGUGUGUCGUUUAUAUCACGUAGUCUUUGCAUAUCGUUUGUCCAAAUCCUAAUGGAAUUUAUUGUCAUUGUUCUAUUCCAUGAAUCGUCAUGGACUCUGUUUAAACUACGAAAGUGAAAUAUUUGAUUGGUUAUCUAGUUACGUGUAUCUGAUUGAUAAUUUGUUGAUCACGUUCUAUGCGCCUGAUCGAUGCGUGACUUUCGAGUUUGACCUUUUUCUCGAAGCUGUCACAAGAACGAUGGAAACGGCGCGUGUUGUUGGUAGGUUUUGGGUGAGGAGCAGUUCACAUGCUGGAUAUCAAAAGUGACCCAUUCCAAAGGGUUGAAUGUUUUAAAGUUUUUGCUCCAAAAACAGGUAAGGGGAGUGCAGCCAGUCAUUUUUUAGGGAGGCAGAGGUUUUAAUAUACAGGUAUAAUGCUACGUGUACUUUUUAUCAUUGCUUUUUUGUGUGAAUGUUUGAAUUCAUUCCUUUGUAAUCUGGUUAAGGAAAAAAUUCAUAAUAUACAACGUUAGAUCAAAUUUUUUAUCGAAAUGUGCGUCAUUUCAGCAACCAUACACCAGCUUUGUCGUCUUGUAUCGUUAAUUAAUCGGAAAAAAUCCUACCUUUUGAAAAUGGAAUAUAAUUUUGAAUAUAAAAGUAUUUUACCGUCAACGGUCGGCGUGGUUUGCGAUUUCCAAAGAAAAGUAAGUAUUGUCAUCUUCAAUUUCUCUAGCUCUAUUGUAUUUCUGAAUAUCCUAAAUAACAUGCUAAAUUUAGAGCGGAAAAACCUGCACAUUUCCCGACAAGUAAUCGUUUUCAUCGGGCGUGUAUGUUUUUUUAAUUGCAUUGCAUUAUCGUAUUAAACCCAUCCGGCUGCAUAACUUGCCAUGUGAAUUUUA